GUCUGCUCCGUCAACUACCCCACCUUCCCGGCUGUGAGAUCUGGUUGGUUGCCGGUUCGUCUCCAAUUCGGGGCAAACGGAGAAACGCAGGAAAACAAAGAUGAAAAUUCCCAACCCGCCAUGAACAAAUUCCCGAGAAAAUUCCUCUCCGUUUCUUAUCGAUUCCUAGCGACCAAACACCCCGCCGAGAAAAAAAAAAAUUCACUUGUUUCUCACUGCACAAACGACCAAAUCACCCGCCAGACAAGAGAUUCCCACUGUCCAUUUCCCUCCCCCCGCCAGAUCAUUCACCACCACCACGAUACAAUAAUGCCGUCGUCCCAAAUCCUCCCCGUCACCACAAUCCACCACCAUAAAUCCCCCCAAAAUUUGGGGAAUUCCUCCUCGCCGCCAAUUGCAGAGACUUCGCUGUCGAUCAAAGAAGAAGACGAAGAGGAGAGUGUUAAUCAGAUGGUGAUGAACCUAGUCAUCGACGACCCUUCAACCCGGCUACUGAUUUCUUCCUCCGACGAGAUUACCACAUCCCACAAGAAGCCUCUGCUGUCACGGAAUUCUAGUUUUUCAGGUAUUUCCACUGCCAGAAGUAGUACUAGUAGUAGUGGUAGUAGCAGUAGCGAAGGGUUCGGCAAGUUUUAUGAUCACAGCAAGAAGAAGAGGCGUCGUCGGACGGCUAGGGAAACGUGUCUGCUUUCCUCGAUUGUUUGUUCAGAUGGUGGUGGCGGUGGUGGUGGGGCGGGGGAUGAAGGGAGCGGCCGGCAGCAGUCGUUGAGCCGUGAAGUGGGUCAUGCGGCGGCCGAGACGUUUCUGCUUACCAGAUUGAGUUUGCAGCUCUUGACCUAUCUUGGGGUAGGCUAUAGAUGGGUGAUGAGAUUUGUUGCUCUUGGUUUCUACUCGUUGAUGCUUAUGCCGGGUUUCAUUCAAGGUUUGUGAUGCCCACACUGCUUUCCUACUAAUGUUAAGUUACCAUCCAACAUCAAAGCUUCUAUCUUUGUGUGCAGUUGGAUAUUAUUAUUUCUUCUCCAAGCAAGUGAUCAGAAGUGUAGUUUAUGGUGAUUUGGUGGUGAGAACUACUACAUCACCUUCGACGCUACUGACCUGCUGUCGUCUGAUCCUAAUCGUGCUAAGAGAACCUAUCAAGCUGAGGUUUACCGGAACAUCAGUGGCGUUCUGUAAAAAAAAAAAAAUUAUAAU